AAAUCCCACUCUAUCCUCUAUUUUUUUCCUAAAAGAAACUUAGUAUAGUCCCUAAGCUUCCCUGCUGCGGGACUCCCAACAAGGAAGCUUCUUCUUAUCACACUGUUUUGGUGGAACCGACCUAUCCUCCUUUUAUCUACAAAACUGGGCACCCAUAGCCAUUUCAUUAAGCUCGUACAGAAGUUUGGAAAUUGGAAGUCAAAAGAGGAAGCAAGAAAGUGACCAGGGAAAACAUUACUGCAGGAAAGAUUCCAUCUUUUGUUUAUUUAGCAUCAAAAUUUUGAAAAGUUUUGAAAUGGAUAGGUACGAAAUAGUGAAGGACUUGGGGUCUGGUAACUUUGGGGUGGCCAAGCUUGUGAGGGAUAAGAGCACCAAAGACCUCUUUGCUGUUAAAUUCAUUGAAAGGGGCCAAAAGAUUGAUGAGCUGGUGGAAAGGGAAAUCAUGAAUCACAGAUCAUUGAAGCAUCCUAACAUAGUCAGAUUCAAGGAAGUCUUGCUGACACCUACACAUCUAGCAAUAGUUAUGGAGUAUGCUGCCGGAGGUGAACUCUUUCACAGGAUUUGCAGUGUUGGAAGGUUUAAUGAAGAUGAGGCAAGGUUCUUCUUUCAACAACUCAUAUCUGGCGUCUCCUACUGCCAUUCAAUGCAAAUCUGUCAUAGAGAUCUCAAAUUGGAAAACACAUUACUAGAUGGAAGUACUGCCCCGCGUGUCAAAAUUUGUGAUUUUGGCUACUCUAAGUCAGAAGUGUUUCAUUCUCAACCGAAAUCAACUGUGGGAACACCGGCAUAUGUUGCUCCUGAGGUGCUGACAAGAAAAGAGUAUGAUGGGAAGCUUGCAGAUAUUUGGUCUUGUGGAGUCACUCUAUAUGUGAUGCUGAUUGGUGCUUAUCCUUUUGAAGAUCCAAGUGAUCCAAAAAACUUCAGAAAGACCAUUGCUAGAAUACUUGGGACCCAAUAUUCAAUCCCCAAUAAUAUUCACAUCUCCGUCGAGUGCCAGCAUCUUCUAUCAAGAAUCUUUGUGGCAAAUCCGGAAGAGAGGAUAAAGAUUACUGAAAUUAGAAGACACCCAUGGUUUGUGAAGAACUUGCCUAUAGAACUAAUGGAGUUCGGGAGCUAUGAAAGCAUGGAUGUGAAUAAUCCUACACAAAGCUUGGAGGAGAUAUUGGGUAUAAUUGAGGAGGCGAGAAGAGUGGUAGUUCACGCGGGGAGAGGCGAAACAUAUUCAUUGGGUGGGGGGAGUAUGGAACUUCUUGACGACUUCGAUGAUGCAUCCUACAAUAUAUCUGAUGAUUAUAUUGACUCAAGUUGUGAUUUAACUCUAAACUCUUUUUGAAAUGGGAAUGGAAAUGAAAAACUGCCUGUCCAAUUGAGUUUACUACCAAGUACCAAGCUAGCUGCCUUUGAUUCCAAAGCUUCCCAUGUUGAUCUUAAUAGACUGUCAUGCAUUGUUUAUUUUGUGGUUGAAAAACUUGUAUAAAAUGUUUUUAGAUUAACAUAUUGCCGCUUUAUGAGGCUGAUUACACUCAAAUACUCGAUCCAUG